AUGGCGAUCAUGGACGAUAUCAAGGUGGGCGACACGGUGAAUGUGCCAGGAGGUAUGUAUGGUACAGUCAAGUAUCUCGGCACUGUGGCGGGCAAGCCAGGCCGAUUUGCAGGAAUCGAGCUAGGCCCUGAACAUGCGCAGCGAGGCAAGAACAGCGGCGAUGUCGAGGGACGCAAGUAUUUUGCAACUUCAAUCCCAGGAUCGGGAAUCUUCGUCCCCAUGAACAACUCCAAAUAUGUGACGCGACGAACUCCAUCUUCCUCGGCCGGUAAUUUUGCACCUCCAACUACCCCCGGACGGGCUCCGCCCAGCUUCAGCAAGUCGGUCGGUCCCAGCCCAGCAAUGUCUCGUCCUCGGAUUCGACGGCCAUCUCUGCCUCGCCCCGAGUCCCCGCGACAUACGGCCUCGCCCCCGAAGCUGAGCCUGGCGGGCUUGCGGACACCAUCUGCGGCUUCUCGGACCUCAAAUAUGAAUGGCUACCCACGCAGUCCGGUCAAGGCGCCCUCUCGACUGUCCGACCGACCAGCAUCGAGGAUCAGCAUCGAGGACGAUAAUCUGUCAACGUACAGCAGACCGUCGGACUUCCACCAGGCCUCUGUGGCUGAGAUUCAGGAAUUGAAGGACCAUAUCAAGAGCUUGGAAAGGCAACUUUUGGACCGUGAUCGGCAGUUGGAUGAACAGUCAAAGACAUUGAGCGAAUUUCAAAGGACCAUGGAGGAAUUGGAGGGAGAGGACGCACUCAACAUUCGGGCGCAGCUUCGCGAAAGAAACGAGCGCAUUGCACAGUUGACCGCCGAGUUUGAUGGUCAUCGCGCGGAUUUCCGAAGCACGCUGGACACAUUGGAGAUUGCAGCGUCCGAGACGGAACGGGUUUAUGAACAGCGCCUGGAUGAGCUCAUGCAGCAGAAUAACGAGCUUCAAAAUCGCGGUGAGGACGUUGAAAUUGUGGCCGAACAGCUCAAGCAAUUGGAAGAGCUGGUUUCAGAAUUGGAAGAAGGUCUCGAGGACGCACGGCGAGGAGAAGCCGAGGCCAGGGCUGAGGUGGAAUUCCUCCGUGGAGAGGUCGAAAGGACUAAGCUGGAACUCAAGAAGGAGAAAGAGCAGUCGGCCACGGCUCUGAGAAAUGCACAAGCUGCAAGUGAGAGUCCGCGAAUCUCACACGAGUUGGAACAGAAAGAUGACGAGAUCCGUGGGUUGAAAGCCAUCAUUCAUUCAUUGAGCCGCGGCAACCCUGGCGGCUCAGGCACCCAGGAGAACGAAGCAUCGCAAACUCAUAAGGAGCAGACCGAGCAAAUAUCCCACCUGGAGCAGCGACUCAAGGAAGUUGAGGUGACUGCCCACAUCAAAGACACUCGCAUUGAGGAGCUCGAGCAGCAGUUGCAGGAGCUGCGCUUGAGCGCGGCCGAAGAUCGCAACCGUGACUCGACGGCGACUCUUUCGCCGAAACCACACCACAAACCCUCCAACUCAUCCAGUAGUGUUCAACCCAACACUGCUGUCAAUCACGCCCACCGCCUCUCGGAUCGAACAGUAGUACCCAACGACUGGCAAGAUCUCUCCCCCAGUGAGCAGCGUCAACACCAUCGUGGAUAUUCGAGUUCAUCCCAGCCACGACUCGCAUCCAUGCCCGAGUCGGAACGAUCAUCCGACGAGGACGCUCUGUGGUGUGAGAUUUGCGAGACCGGCGGUCACGAUAUUCUGAAUUGCACCAGCAUGUUUGGGGCCGCUAACAACACUGGUGCACAAAAAGGCCACCAGGAGAUCAGUUCUGCAGCCCCUGUGGAGCAACCUGCAGCGCUAUCGGUGGAUAACAAAACCACUUUACACCACGCCGCCUCUUCAGAAAGCUUAGCUGCUACCAGCACUCCUUCGCAGAAGACGGGCCGUGACGUGGUACUUGAGGGUCUAAAAGGCAUCGGUGGCCUAGGUUCCUCCAUGGCUCCAGUUGCCGGCAAGUCCUCGGGGGUGAUCGAUGAGUCCAAAUGGUGUGCACUCUGCGAACGAGAUGGCCAUGAGAGCAUUGAUUGUCCAUUUGACGAAUAA